AAUUGCCCCGCGCCUCAGGCCCGCGGGUCCGCGUCCUGGCGACAUGGCCGUACUCGGCGUGCAGCUGGUGGUGACCCUGCUCACUGCCACCCUCAUGCACCGGCUGGCCCCGCACUGCUCCUUCGCGCGCUGGCUGCUCUGCAACGGCAGCCUCUUCAGAUAUAAGCACCCGUCCGAGGAAGAGCUGCGGGCGUUGGCCGGGAAGCAGAGACCCAGGGGCCGGCGGGAGCGGUGGGCCAAUGGCGUCAGUGAGGAGAAGCCCCUAUCGGUGCCCCGAGAUACUCCUUUCCAGCUGGAAACCUGCCCGCUCACGGCGGUGGACGCACUCGUGCUGCGCUUCUUCCUGGAGUACCAGUGGUUCGUGGACUUCGCCGUGUACUCGGCUGGUGUGUACCUGUUCACCGAGGCCUACUACUGCGUGCGGGGCCCGACCAGUGAGCCCAACAUCGCGGUGCUCUGGUGUCUGCUCAGCGUCGCCUUCUCCCUCAGGGUGUUCCUGACCGUGACCCGGCUGUACUUCAGCGCCGAGGAGGGUGGCGAGCGCUCUGUGUGCCUCACCUUUGCCUUUGUCUUCCUGCUGCUGGCCAUGCUGGUCCAGGUGGUGCCCAACACCACCCUGGAGCUGGGCCUGGAGCCAGGCAUGGCCAGCAUGACCAGGAACUUGGAGCCGCUCCUGAAACCCCAGGGCUGGGACUGGGCGUUGCCGGUGGCCAAGCUGGCCAUCCACGUGGGGCUGGCCGUGUUGGGUUCCAUGCUGGGCGCUUUCCUCACCUUCCCCGGGCUGCGGCUGGCCCAGACCCACCGGGAUGCGCUGGCUAGGGCAGAGGACCGGCCGCUGCUGCAGCUGUUCUUGCAUCUGAGCUUUCUGUCCCCCCUGUUCAUCCUGUGGCUCUGGACCAAGCCCAUCGCGCGGGACCUCCUGUACCAGGCGCCUCUAGGCGGAGCCACCAUCUCCCUACUGUCAGACUCGGCCUUCGACUCGCUGCGCCUCUGGGUGCUGGUGACGCUGUGCCUGCUGCGGCUGAUGGUGACCCGGCCGCACCUGCAGGCCUACCUCUGCCUGGCUAAGGCCCGCGUGGAGCAGCUGCGGCGGGAGGCUGGCCGCAUUGAGGCGCGGGAGGUGCAGCGGCGGGUGGUGCGUGUCUACUGCUACGUGACGGUGGUAAGUCUGCAGUACCUGACGCCGCUCAUCCUCACUCUCAACUGCACACUGCUGCUGAAGACACUGGGUGGCUACUCCUGGGGCCUGGGGCCCGCCUCCUCGGCAUCCCCAGUCUUGUCCUCAUUGGGCAAUGAACAGCUGGACCCCGUGGGGGACGAGAUCCAGCAGACAGCGGACCGCAUCGCCGGGGCCCUGGGCGGGCUCUUCACGCCGCUCUUGCUGCGCAGUGUGCUGGCUUUUGUGGUCUGGUGGACCGCUGCCUGCCAGUUGCUCUGCAGCCUCUCCGGCCUGUACCUGCAGCAGCACCUGGCUAGCUGCUAGCAGACUCUGUCAGGGACCUCUCAGAGAGGUCGCAUGUGCCUUGGUGUCCCCAGGGCAGGAGGGAUGGAGUGCUCUACCCAGCAGUGCCUGAGCCACAGUCAGGGGCCCCAGAAAGGUCUGGACAAGCUCCUCUGGGUUCAGGGCCUCCAGGGCAUGCUCUCAGGGCUGCUGUGCCAGUAGAGGUGAGGUUGCUCUUCUGAUCAAUAAAGGCACGGCUGGUGCUUUUUACA